UCCCUCCCUCCCUGCCCAGGGGAGCGUCCCAGCGGAGUUUUAGGGGAGUUUCAACUCGUCUCCACAUCCGCCCCCGCCGCCCCGGAGGCCCCGCCGGGUCCCCGCCGUCCUCCGGCCCCGCGGAUGGGUCUGCACAAGAGGAUCUUCCCUCGCAGGGGCGCCGGGACCUGUGAGGGGGUGGCCAGGCCCAGCCCCAUCGCCCCCCGUGCGCCCCGGGCCCCGGAGGGGAAGAAGGGCGGCCUCCCCUCCCCGCUGCGCAUGGAGCCGCUCGGCCACGCCGCCCGGAGCCGGAGACCCGCCAAGCUCCGGUCCCUCUCGCGGUCCCUGUUCCUCUGCCACGCCAAGGCCGGGGACGAGGGCUCCAGCCCCGACGAGAGGGGCCCGGAGGCGGGCAGAGAGGGGCUCUUCCACUCGCCCAUGCAGCUGGCAGACACGUCGGAGGACGCGGCCCUCCCGGGGACCAGGAGUGACCGGGGCAAGGCCUGCAGGAGGCUGUUCUUCAUGAAGGAAGCUCCCACCGCCUCCUCCCAGGAGAAGCCCGGGAAACUCGAGGCCCAGAGUGGCAGCUCCCUGCUCCCCAAAGCCUGUCACCAAAGGACUCGCAGCAACUCCACCAGUGUCAACCCCUACUGCGCGGCGGACACGGAUCUCCCAGGGGCCGGGACCACGGCUGCCUCCACGGACCCCCCAGACCGGCUGCCCUUCUCGCUCUGCAGCGGCCGGAAGGCGCUGUCCCAGCAGCUGGACGGCCCCAUGGGCAGGGCCGGGGGCAUAGGCAGGCCCACGCGGUCGCUGAGCACAGCGCAGCUGGCCCCGCCCUCGGGGGGCGCCCAGCCGUCCGUCAUCUCCAGCGUCGUGCUGAUGAAGGGCCAGGCCAAGGGCCUCGGCUUCAGCAUUGUGGGGGGCAGAGACAGCAUUUACGGUCCCAUCGGCAUCUACGUCAAAACCAUCUUUGAGGGGGGAGCCGCGGCGGCCGACGGCCGGCUACAAGAAGGCGACGAGAUUCUGGAACUCAACGGUGAGUCCAUGGCCGGGCUGACUCACCAGGACGCCUUGCAGAAGUUCAAGCUCGCCAAGAAGGGGCUGCUGAGCCUCACGGUGCGCACCCGCCUGCCCGCGCCCCCCGCCCCGGGCGGCCGCCUGUCGCCCCCGCUGGGCCGCUCCCUGAGCUCCGGCGCCUGCGCCCCGCGGGCCGGCAGCGCCUUCCUCCUGGCGGCCCCGGAGGCUCCCGCCGGCACCGGCACCGGCACCGGCAGCGGCAGCGCCAGGCCCAGCUACAGGGUCCUGGUGGAGGUCUCGCUGCAGAAAGAGGCUGGCGUGGGCCUGGGCAUCGGGCUGUGCAGUGUCCCGUACCUGCAGUGCCUGUCGGGCGUCUUCGUGCACACGCUGUCCCCGGGGUCGGUGGCUCACCUGGACGGCCGGCUCCGGUGUGGCGAUGAGAUCGUGGAGAUCAAUGAGGCCCCCGUGACCUGCAUGACGCUCAACGACGUGUACGCGGUCCUGAGCCACUGUGAGCCCGGGCCCGUCCCCAUCCUUGUCAGCCGACACCCGGACCCGCAGGUCUCGGAGCAGCAGCUCAAAGCUGCCGUGGCCCAGGCUGCCAAGGGCCUCCGGUUUGGCAAGGAGCGGCCCCAGUGGAGCCUGGAAGGCGCCAAGCGGCUGGAGAGCAGCUGGCACGGGCGGCCCUCGGCGGAGCGGGAGCCUGGCAAGAGCUCGGCGCCCCCCCAGCGCCGCGCCCCGAAGCCCAUGGUGCGCUCCAGCAGCGACAGCAGCUGCAUGUCGGGGUCCCCCGGGGGCAGCCCCCGCCGCGGGGCCCCGCCGCCCUGGGACCUGGGGGGCCGCGCCGACAGCCCCCGGGGGUCCCCCCGGGAGAGCCCGCCCCUGCCCGAGGCCCGGGAGCCGCCCCCGCCCCUGCGGACGAAGAAGUCCUGGGAGAUCCUGGUGCGGAAGCCCACGGCCUCCAAGCCCAAGCCCCCGCCCCGGAAACACUUCCAGGGCGACAGCGACCGGCCGCCCAGCCCGAGCCCGGAGCGCCCGGCCCCCGCCCCGGAAGCCAGCCAGCUGCUGCCACCGCUGCCACCGCGGGAAGUCCCGGGGGCCGGAGCCCCCCCUGCCCUCGCCUGCUGCCCGGGACCCGAGGGCGGCCUGCAGCCGGCGUCCCCCGAGGCGGCCGAGCCGGGGGGCAGAGGCGGCAGCCCAGUGACCGGGCUGCAGCGGCCGGCGCGCGUGGACGGCGGCCCCGAGGACCCGUGGGUGCGCAUCUCCGGCUGCAUCCGGAGCCUGUUCAGCCCCAUCAUGAGCGAGAGCCACAGCCUCGCCCUCCAGCCCCCCGGCCUCGCCGUGGACGGGACGCCGGGCCCCGCGGAGGGCGGCCCCCCGAAGCCGGACACCAGCCACGGCGCCCCCCGAGGGCACCCGCCCGCCGACGGCGGCGCCGUGAAGAGGGGCCCCCCCGUGGCCCCCAAACCGGCCUGGUUCCGCCAGAGCCUGAAGGGGCUGCGGCCUCGCGGCCCGGACCCUGGCGAAUCGCCGGUCGCCGCCUCCAGGAAGCCCUCCGGGCUGCCCGCCCCGGCCUCGGGCUCCAUCCGCCAGAAAAUCAGCUCCUUCGAGACCUUCGGCUCCUCCCCGCUGCCCCCCAAAGCCGCCCUGAGACCCAGCCUGCAGCCCCCCCGCUCGGAGCCGUCCGGGAAGCAAGAAGUUCGGGGGGGUCCUGGCCCCUGGGGGCGAGGGGCGCCCCCCGCCGCGGAGCAGCCACGGCCGCAGCAGGAGGAGCCGCGCCCUGGUCCCCACGCGACCACGGAGGCCGGCGAGGGGGGUGCACUGGGGACCCCGCCCCCGGAGCCGCCGCCCCGAGAGAAAGCCCCCUCCCCGGACCCCCUGCCCCGGCUGCUGCCCGCGCCAAUGGCCGGGCCCCCGGGCUCGGGGCUCAAGGCGCCCGGCCAGCGCGCCCGCAGCUUCCCGCUGACCCGCACGCGGUCGCUGGACGUGCCGCCGGCGGACGACCGGACGGGCCCGCUCUACGCCCUCAGCAGCCACGUGUCCUCGGCCGUCAUGCGCUCCCUGCUGUGCCUCCCGGCCUCGGCCGCGCUCUCCGGCGGGCCCGCCCCCGGCAGCCCCCGGGACGCGGGGUCGGCAGCGUCCUCGCCCGGUCCAGACGCGGCCGCUAGCAGCACCGACUCGGGGUUCUCCCUCAACCUCUCGGAGCUGAGGGAGUACACGGAGGGCCUCGGGGAGCCCGCGGAGGCCGAGGCCUGCGCCCCCGCGCCCGGCCAGGCGGUCCUGUCCCUGCUCAGCGCCGAGGAGCUGAGGAAGUUCAUCGAGGAGGUGAAGGAGCUGGACGCGGCCACGCUGAAGCAGCUGGAGAGCAUCCACGUCACCAUCCUGCACAAGGAGGAGGGCGCCGGCCUGGGCUUCAGCCUGGCGGGGGGCGCGGACCUGGAGAGCAAGGAGGUCACGGUCCACAGGGUGUUUCCCAGCGGGCUGGCCGCCCAGGAGGGCACCAUCCAGAAGGGCGACGAGGUGCUGUCCAUCAACGGCAAGUCCCUCAAGGGGGCCACGCACAGCGACGCGCUGGCCAUCCUGCGCCAGGCGCGGGACCCCCGGCAGGCCGUGGUGGUCACCCGGCGGCCGGCACCCACAGCGGAGGCCGUACCCGCCCUGCGCUCCUCCCCGGGGGCUGCCACCCCGGCCGCCGCGGCCAGUGACAUCCCCGCAGACCCCGCAACGGAGGCCGCGGUCGCCAUGGUGACGCUGACGCUGACGCUGGAGAAGACGCCUGCGGGGCUGGGCUUCAGCCUGGAAGGCGGGCGGGGCUCGCUGCAAGGGGACAGGCCCCUCACCGUCAACCGGGUUUUCACAGGGGCGGCCUCAGGACCUGAGAGCGUGCAGCCGGGGGACGAGGUGCUACAGCUGGCGGGCGCGGCCGCGCAGGGCCUCACGCGCUUUGAGGCCUGGAGCCUCAUCAAGGCCUUGCCCGACGGGCCGGUCCCCGUCCUCAUCCGGAGGAAGAGCCCGCGGCCCCAGGGGACCCCAAGCCCUGGAAACCCGUAGGCCGCGUGGACGCCGGAGCCGCAGCACACGAUUCUCAGGGUCACUCAGCCCGCCCAGGGCUCGGCCUCGGCCGGGGCUCGGACCUGCAGGGACGGCCCAGCACCAGGUCCCGGAAGGCGAGGCCGCGGCGCGCGGCGGCUGAUGAAACGGACGAUGCACAGAGCCGACGCGGACACCGCGCUGGAAUAAAGUGGGGUGUAUUGCACCUGC